GACCGCAGCGAGUGGAGCGGCACAAGUCAGAGGGACAAAGGCGACAGAACAAAAAUAUAUUGACCGCAUAAAUGCUUCUAGUUGUGGCGCUUGUUGGAGUUUUUGGACUUACCUCACUGGAAAAGUGUGACCUUAAAGUGCAGACUGUGGUUCUUGCUUGAGCCUUGAACGAGAGCUCACUGGAAAAAAAGACGGACUGAGCUGAUCUCGUUCCCCUGCGGUCGCCCCCUCCCUCCCCUCCAACAACCAGCCUGCCUCUAUGCACAUCAACCUGACAGUGGCCGUCAAGGAAUCUCGUGCCUUUCAUGGAACACAGCCUCCCCUUCCUGACGCUGUGGAAGUGACAGCCAUGGAGUCGCGUGCGGCGCUGGUCGCUCCUCCACCGCCUCCCCUAGCACCUCCACCCCCGCCUCCUCCCCCACCACCUCCACCCACACCUUCCUCUUCCUCCUCCUCACCUUUGAGCCGUGCGGAUAGCGCUCGUCGGAGCCGGCUGAGGAAGCUGAACUGGGAGCGCAUCCCCAAAGAGAAGGUGGAGGGCAGAAAGAGCGUGUGGAGCGGGGCGGCCCCAGAUGAAGAGGAGUUCCCCAUAGACCUCCAUUCUCUGGAUGAGCUGUUCGGUCAGAAGGACAGUAAGCCUCAGGACCGAACCAGCACCCUGAGGCGGCGUUCUGCACUGCUGCGCUGCAGAUCCCCUCAGGAUAGCUCAGAAGAGAUCUCCCUAUUGGACUCCAAGCGCAGUAUGAACAUUGGAAUAUUUCUACGCCAGUUCAAGAUGCCGGCUAAGGAGAUAGUUGAGGAUAUCAGGCAGGGCGCUGGAGGCCGUUACGGAGCAGAGAAGCUCACAGAGCUCUGCAAAUUGCUGCCUGACAAUGAGGAGGAGUCUCGCCUGAAGAAGUUCAGUGGGGACCGUAGCUGGCUUGGAGAGCCUGAUCUUUUUCUGCUGCUUUUGGUGGAAGUUCCCAGUUUUCGGCUUCGUCUGGAUGCCAUGAUCCUGCAGCAAGAGUUUGACCCUGCUGUGACCUCUCUGUGUGUGGCAGCCAGAUGUCUGAGAGAGGCAGCCCGAGAACUGCUGAGCUGCCCAGAAUUACACUCCAUCCUUCGCCUGGUCCUCAAAGCAGGGAACUAUAUGAAUGCAGGUGGAUAUGCGGGAAAUGCUGCUGGCUUUCGAAUUUCGUCACUAUUGAAGCUGGCUGACACCAAAGCCAACAAGCCAGGCAUGAAUUUGCUGCAUUUUGUUGCUAUGGAAGCUGUGAAAAAGGACCAGAGUUUACUGUCAUUUCCCAGCCAACUAGGUCAUGUUGGCUCCGCCUCCAGGUUUUGUGAAGAGUCUGUGCUUGAUGACUUGGCCAAGUUAAAAUGCAGAGUUGUGGCCCUCAAGGCAAAUGUACAGACUGAGGCAGAGAUUCAGAAGCAGACACAACCUUUUCUUGAGGUGGCUGAGGAGCGUCUGAAGGAGGCAGAGGAUGAGGUAGAGGGUAUGAGGAUGUCGAGUCAGGCCCUGGUUGAGUUCUUCUGUGAAGAUGAUAGCACUUUUAAACUAGAGGAGGCUUGCAGGGUCUUUAAUUUGUUUUGCCACCGCUUUCAAAGAGCAGUCCAGGAAAAUGCAGAACGUGAAUUGAAAGAGCAGAAACGUCUGGAACGUCAACGUGAGAUGGCAGAAAAGCGGCGCUCUCUGGCCAUUUGCACUGGGCUAGACCUAGGCAUGAGUCUUGCCAGAGAGCCUCCCAGUCAGGACAACCAGGAUGAGCUGGAAAAACUUCUAGAGAGGAAUCUAAGCUACACUUGGAGCCGUCGUAGUCUUAGAAGCUCUGAUUCCCGCAGAUACCCUCACAACGACACCCAUCUACACAACUCAGCAGUGUUCAAGAGCUUCCCUGAGUUGGGCAGCAGCCCGACAUCAACCAGUUAUCACUCAAACAGCUCUUCUGACCAUGAGACCUCUGCUGCUCUCUGCAGCUCUCCAGAGACUGAUGGCACAUGUUCCCCCACUGACCGAGGCCCCAUCCUUGGCCGAGGGAGCAGGGGUCAGCGCAGCCAAGAGACAAACUUGAGCACGGAAGCAGCGACGUUUAGUCGUUCACAGCAUGAAAGUGACUCUGUGGUGAAACAACGUGGACCUGAGAACAUUUCUUAUGUGAGACAAAGCCAAUCCAAGUCAACGAGAAUUGAAAAAGAAGUGGAUUUUUCACAGGAACACAUGGCUUUGGUAAACCGUUCCUAUACAGACUCUGCUGCUAUGAAUAGCGCACCAACCCAGUGUAUUAAAAACAGAACUUCCACUUACAGGCACAAUUUUGGCCUGCCAGUAAUAGCCAGUGAUCGGUCUCUUCACUCCAAGUCUGACGACUCUCGUGUCAAUGAGGAGUUACAACAGGCUACUCAUAUAAGUGGAAUACAGUCAUGUAGUGACAACAGUGCUGGGCUCAUGCGGUACUCAAGAUCUGAGACCAAAUCACAGUCAUCUGUAAAAGCUCCAGUGGAGGGCCAGUCACAACCACAGACAAGAGACACACCCUCCAUUGAAGCAAGUACUGUGACUCCUUUGCCUGAUGCAGUUUUAACGAACCGGACACACACGGACGUGGUGUCCACACCUGUGGAGGAGAAUUGGAUGCCCUCCAGUCUACCAGAGUUUAGCCAGUCACAGCCAGAAGAGGACCCUGAGUUGCCAAGUACUGAGAGGGAAACAGCAAGGGCAUAUUCCCGUGUCGGUGAAACGCUGGAAUGCCACACCUUGGUGAAAGGCCUUCGAUCCUAUGAUGCCUUGUCACCCCCAGCCUCACCACUCCCACGACCCUUACCAAGCCUCUGCUCCAAGUGGAGGAAAGAAAGGGAGGUUGACCUUCGAGAGGGGUCGACUCCACCGUCUCCGCCAUCAAAGGAAGAGACUCGCACCAUGAAAAUCCCUGUGCGCAGUGGCAUUGGAGCCAAGAGGGGACUUGUAUCACGUGCAGGUCCUUCCAGUAGCACAGGCAUUCCCAGAGUGCGCUCUAAAACCGAGCCUUCAAGUGGAAGCCCGUCCCCUACAAUCACAUCCACCCCUACCUGCCUGACUAGUCCUCGUAGUGCAUCAAUGCGUUCGUCUCCAAUCUCUCGAGCAGCCGUUGUACAGGCAGAGGUGAAACGAAGUAAUAGCACGCGGGAGAGAACUAUAAGUGUGACACAGGUUCCAGGGAAGGCCACCCUGACCCGCAGGACUUCAGACAGAUCUCUACCGGAGAAGGCCUCUGGCAGCACCCAGCCAGCUUUCAUCAGAGGGACUCCUCUCCGUGUUUCCAAACGUCUCGCUCCAAACUCUGAGUCUCAGGUUCCCUGCCAGCCUAGCACUGCCCACAGCCCAUCAUCCACCACAGCCAAGACCAUACGUACAGCAGUCAUAUCAGCAGCCCGAAAUAAAACCGCCAAGACAACAAGCACAAGCCCCACUCCUGCUAGCUCUAAAAUCCCAACCGCUUCAAGGAUAUCUGGCCCCAAAAUUCCUCGAGGUGCUGGCACCACCGCUGCUGCUGCUGCUGCUCAGCCACUGUGGAGGUGAUGGAAAAGAAUACAUGCCUGCUCAGACUUCUCCUGCCUUUACAGUUCUGUGACUAUUCCCAGCUCUCCGUCAACUGUAGUUCAUCAAAAUUUGACUUGUGUGAAAUGUAUGUUUAGCCUGAGUGCUUAGUUCUUCAUAUGCAAAAGGACAAUGUAUUGGGAGCAUCAGGGAUACUUUCUCUUGUGUUUCACCCAGUAUGAUGAUAGUGGAUUGUCUACAGUCUACCUCUUUUUACACCCAUUUGUGUCCUUUGCAGGCAACAGGACAGCAAAACUGCAUCUUCAAUUGUAGAAUAGGUUGAUGCUUAAGUCACGGUAAUAAAAUGCUACCAGGUGAACACGACUCAGUGCCUAGUACGUACAAGUGUGCUGCCGGAAGUGCAAUUUGGCGAGCCCUUUCAGUCUCUUGCACGGAACAAAACAUUUUUUUUGUUUGUGGUUUUUUUUUUUGUUUUGUUUUGUUUGUUUGUUUUAGGAACGCGUCCAAAUGUUGUGAAUACUGUGACCUCUCUGUUAAGUGAUCAUUGUGUUCUCGAACUUGGCUGUCUUACAGUCCUCACUGAACUCGGUACAAUAUUGAAUUGUUCAUCCUCUUGUUGAGAGGCCUCAUCAUUCUGAUGCACUUUACAAAUAGAAGAAGAGGCUGUUAGGGGGAUUAUUUUUUUUUUUUUUGGCAUGUUUAUUUUAUAUCAAAAGAUUCUAUAAAUUUAUUGAACAGCAGUGGUUGUUAUUCACUGUAUUAUACGGUUUUGUAAAUAACAGAAGAUAAAUAAAGAUGGCGAUGUGAA